AUGGCAGCCGUUGAGUUUACUAGACGUCUUCCACCAUUACCAACCAUUCGAGAUCUUAUAAAAUUAUAUCGAUUGCGUGCUUUGAAACAAUUAUCACAAAACUUCUUGUUAGAUGAAAGAAUUACAGAUCGAAUUGUCCGUGCUGCCGGUCAUAUUGAUGGGAACUAUGUGUGCGAAGUUGGACCAGGACCAGGUGGCAUUACGCGGUCCAUAAUUAGACAAUUUCCAAAAAAAUUGAUUGUAGUUGAAAAAGAUCCUAGGUUUCUGCCAUCUUUGGAAUUGUUAUCAGAGGCUUGUGAUGGUAGUACAAAAAUGGAUAUUGUAAUUGGUGAUAUUAUGUCGUAUAAUCUUGAAGAAGCUUUUAAGGAUGCUCCAAAACAUACAUGGGACGAAAAACCACCACCUAUUAAUUUAAUUGGAAAUUUACCAUUUAGUGUUUCAACACAUUUGAUCAUACGCUGGUUAGAGUCUAUUUCCGAACGAAAAUCAGCUUGGUGUAAUGGACGCACACGAAUGACGCUAACAUUUCAAAAAGAAGUAGCAGAACGAAUGUGUGCUCCAAUUAUGUCUGCACAAAGAUGCCGUUUAUCUGUAAUGUGUCAACUUUGGUGUAAAGUGAAUCACGUAUUUACAAUACCCGGUAAAGCGUUUGUUCCAAAACCACAAGUAGACGUUGGGGUUGUCACAUUAACACCGUUAUCCAAACCGUUAACAAAUUUACCAUUUAAAAUGGUUGAAAAAGUACUUCGCCAUAUUUUUAAUAUGAGACAAAAAUAUGCUUUACGAGGUGGUGAAGUUCUAUUUCCAGAUGAUAUGCGGGAAGAAUUAGGUUUGAAAUUAUUUUCUAUUGCUGAUAUCGAUCCAACUACAAGACCAUUUCAAAUUACUAAUAUCGAAUUUGCUAAAUUAUGUCAAGCGUAUAAUACAAUUUGUGAAGAAUUUCCGCAAGUUCGAAAUUAUGAUUUUCGAGCAUCAAAAAAAUUAAUUAUGGAAGAUGUUAAUUGUUAAAAAUG